ACACACACACACACACACUCACACACACACGCGCGCGCGCGCGCGUUGCUUGCACCCAGCCUCUGCUACUCCGGCGCCUUCUGCGGUCGGAGCCAAUUUGCGGGCACCGGGACUGAAAUUCCCCGCAGCGGCGGCGCGCGCGCGCGCGCGAGACGUUGCGGGAGCCUGAGCCGUCGCGAGCCACCGCUCCUCGAGCCCGGAGGGGUGGAAUUCAACAGAUUUCACAUCUCGUGCGGUUCCGCGGAGAAAGAAGGGCAGCCGCGGAUGAAGGGUAUCUCUGAAAGUUUUCUGCCACAUUUCAUAUAAUUCUUGAAGAACAGUUUGCAGCAAUCUGAAACCAUGUUGGGGAGAAGUGGAAAAAUCCUCAUGUGUGUAUGGGCCUGUAUGCAAGUUCUGAGUGUCUUCUGUGGCAAAAGCUCUGUGCAGAGCAGCAUCUCUGAUGAGCAGAAAGACAAUACCACGGUAUUCACCCGGAUCCUGGACAGUCUGCUUGAUGGGUACGACAAUCGGCUCAGACCUGGCCUUGGAGAGCGUUUAACUGAAGUCAAGACGGACAUUUUUGUGACAAGCUUUGGGCCCGUCUCAGACCAUGAUAUGGAAUACACCAUUGAUGUUUUUUUCCGACAAAGCUGGAGAGAUGAGCGGCUCAAAUUCAAAGGUCCAAUGACUGUGCUGCGCCUGAACAAUUUAAUGGCCAGCAAAAUCUGGACUCCGGAUACAUUCUUCCACAAUGGAAAGAAGUCUGUUGCCCAUAAUAUGACCAUGCCCAAUAAACUACUGCGUAUCACCGAGGAUGGGACACUGCUGUAUACAAUGAGGUUGACUGUGAGGGCAGAGUGUCCAAUGCACCUCGAGGACUUCCCUAUGGAUGCUCAUGCUUGCCCGCUGAAAUUUGGUAGCUAUGCCUACACACGUGCCGAGGUUGUAUAUGUUUGGACUAGGGGGGCACAGCAGUCUGUAGUUGUAGCUGAAGAUGGGUCUCGACUCAACCAAUACGACCUGCUGGGACAGACUGUUGACUCUGGAAUAGUGCAGUCCAGCACAGGAGAAUAUGUUGUCAUGACGACACACUUUCACUUAAAGAGGAAGAUUGGGUAUUUUGUUAUCCAGACCUACUUGCCAUGCAUAAUGACAGUGAUUCUGUCCCAGGUGUCUUUCUGGCUUAAUAGAGAGUCUGUCCCAGCAAGGACUGUGUUUGGAGUUACCACAGUGCUGACAAUGACGACUCUCAGCAUCAGUGCGAGGAACUCACUGCCCAAGGUGGCCUACGCCACAGCAAUGGACUGGUUCAUUGCCGUGUGCUACGCCUUUGUCUUCUCUGCCCUCAUUGAGUUCGCCACUGUCAACUACUUUACCAAGCGGAGCUAUGCCUGGGAUGGGAAAAGUGUGGUUCCUGAAAAGCUAAAGAAGAAGAAAGAAUCUCUGAUCAAGAAGAACAACACAUACACUGCCACUGCUACAGCCUACGCCCCCAAUAUUGCUCGGGACCCAGCUCUUGCAACCAUCGCCAAAAGUGCUCCACCGCCCCCAAAUGAGGCUAAAGAGGAGCCCAAAUCCAAGGCUCCUGAGGCCAAAAAAACCUUCAACAGUGUGAGCAAAAUUGACAGGAUGUCCAGGAUUGCUUUCCCACUUCUCUUUGGAACCUUUAACCUUGUCUACUGGGCCACCUAUCUGAACAGAGAGCCUAAUAUACAAGGGCUCUUCCAGCCCCAUUAAUUGCUAUGUCUCCCAUGCACACAUACAUUCAGAGUACAUUUAAUGGUUUAAGGUGAGGACAGACGACAGGUGAUGAGCACUGAGCUGGAGUCUAAGCGGGGUUAAAGUAGAAGCAAACAUUUAAAAUGAUGCUACAAUAAAGUAUAUGUGGAAAAAAUGUUGUAUUUAAAAAUGCACACAAUGACUAUCUUGCUUUAUAAAUUUUUUCUACCUGAGAUCAGAUGUUAAAAAUUAAGAUAAACAACUAUUUGCAUGAACUGAGUUUUUCGGAGAAGUAUCGGUUUGCGUUUGACAAGCUUAUGACUAGUUAAGUUGAGUAAAAAAACUGUUAUCUAAUAAACAAAGAGAGCUUUAUUGUUUUCUUCCAUAUGAUACAUUGUUGGCAUCUUUUUUUUUAAAUUUUUUCAGAAAUAGCAAUAAAAC